CGCCUCCCUGUGGAGGUGGCCUACCAGCGCGGCUACUUUGACCAGGAGAUGUGCCAGUUUCUUUCCAACCCCAAGAACCAAACAAGAACUUGCUUCGACCCCAACACGCACGAAAACCUCACUUAUACACAGCUCCUCCGCCGCUGUGUCCCCGACCCGGACACAGGGCUGCUGAUGCUGCAGGUGAUGGACAAGGGCUCCGUGCUCUACCAGCUCAACAAGGAUGCCCGCAAAGCCCUGCAGGCUGCCCGCACCACCGUCAGCGUGGGGCUCUUCCAGGGCCAGAGCGUAACCCUCUGGGAACUCCUCUUCUCCCGCUGCAUCUCUGACCACCAGAGAGAGGAACUACUGAGGAAAUACAAGGCGGGGAUGGUCACCAUCCCGGAGAUGAUCACCAUCCUCACCACCAUCAUCACCGGGGCAGAAAUGGAAAACGGGGAUCUGAGCUCGUCCGCAGUUGUACCCAACAAUGAAGUGGGAGCAUCACGACCGGUUCAGGAUAUGCACUCCCAGGAGCAGCAGCUGAAAAAGUCCUUAAAGUCUGCAACCGUCUAUGUCACUGCUGGUGAGUUCCAGGGGCAAAAUGUUUCCGUGCUGGAUUUGCUCUUUUCCAAAUACGUCCCUCAAGGGAAGCGGCAGGAGCUGCUGGAGCUGUACCGAGCAGGGAUUCUGACCACAGAGCAGGUGGCUGCUGUGGUCACCACCAUCAUCAACAGAACAGAAGAUGCAAAUGCCAGAAGUCCACACGAGGUGGUGACAAGGGCAGAGGAAAACGGAGAUGAUUUUUCAACACAAGAUGCACAACUAGAUAACAUCUUGAAGUCCACCACCAUUGAUGUGCCAGCUGGUGAGCUGCAGGGGAGGCAGGCCUCUGUGUGGGACCUGCUCUUCUCCAGCUACAUCCCUGAGGAGAAAAGGCAGGAGCUCCUGGAGCUGUACCAUGAAAGGGCAUUAACUCUGGAGCAGAUGAUAACUGUUGUCACCGCUGUCAUUAAGAAAAAAGAAUCUACAGGCAGGAAAUUCCAAAUUGCAGUCAAGACUUCCAACAAGGACACUAUGCCAGUGGCAGGAGAGAAGGAUGAUGACUCCCCCAAGGAAGAGCCAUGGGAAACAGCCCUGAAAACCACAGUCGUCGACAUGGAGGUUGGGGAGUUUCAGGGCCACAAGGUCUCAGUGUGGGACCUGCUCCACUCCAAGUACAUCCCGGAGGAGAACAGAAAGGAGCUGCUGGAGCUGUACCAGGCAGGAGAGUUAACCCUCGAGCAGGUGAAAACCGUUGUCACCACCAUUGUCACCAAGACAGAAGCAGCAAGGACAGAGCAAUCAGGAAAUGCAAGUAGUUCAAGAGCAGAGUCAGCAGUUGCAGAAGCUGAGCACAGCCACCGGCAGGAGGACAGGACCUGGGAAGAGACCCUGAAGUCUCCCACAGUGGAGGUGUCAGUGGAUGAGUUCCAGGGGAGGCAGGUCUCUGUGUGGGACCUGCUCUUCUCCAGGUACAUCCCAGAGGAGAAGAGGCAGGAGCUCCUGGGGCU